AACAUAAAUACAUUCUAAUGAAUUCUUUAAUAUGUGUGAAAAGGGUCUAAGUGACACUAUUUAUGAAACGGAUGGAGUAUGAGUUAAGUAAUGAUAAAAAACUAUAAGGACACAUCGGUAAUUACAUCCAAGAGUAUCAUUUUUAAUAUUGUUAUCUGCCUUGUGCCCUAAUCAAUUUGUGGGUUAGAGAGAUAUCUCUAGGGUUUGUUCGAUUCUUCGGCAACGAUGAAAACCGACGAUGCGAAGGCGAAACAAGAUUCGAUGGAGGAGGAAUCUGACUCUUCUGUCUCUAAAAAACCGAAGAUCGAAGAUGAAGACGACACAUGCAUGGAAGACGAAGGCUAUAGCGAUAGCAAUAACCCAUUCUUAUGGAGUACCGACGAAGAAGACGAUGACUCUCCGACAAUCAACUAUUCAAACUUGCAAGAUCCGGAACCAGAGUGGGAUAAGGACAGUUACGAUGGCUACGAAUUGGAAUUCGAUCCUGACGGCCGUGAAGGUUUCUCCAGCGACAAGGCGUACCAAGAGUUCCGCGAGUAUAAAACCAAAGCCUUUGAGAAUAGGGGGUUUUUAGAUGAUCCAUUCAGAUCCAUCUACCCCAUCAGAGAUCUGGACGAUCUCUGGACAACCACGACUAAUAGGCAAUAUUUGACAGAUAUUGCUUCCCUCUGUGUUAAGAAACUCAACGAGGAGAAGGGUAUGUCUGUGGAAGUUGUAAGCAUUGUGAGAGGCAAUCUAAAACCAGGAGGUGGGUGGAAGCUCUACAUCACCUUUAUGGCCCGAGAGUAUCCCAAUGGUCCUCUCGUGGAGUAUCAAGCCAAGUCCAUGGAUUUCGCAGGAGGCAGAAAACCUCCCUUUCCCAUUCUCUGCAGACCAGCCUCUAGCAUAUCCUAAUCUUUGACUUGCAUAAGUAUUUUUAUGUUCAGUCUUUUAUUCUCAGUGUAAUUACUUAGUAGUUUGUUUGGAAUAUAUCUUAUGAGCUUUUUUUUUCAAUUUUUGUGGAGAGGAAUGGAUGUGAACAGAAAGAGAUUUUCUUAAUUAUGGGAUGAUUGUCCUUUUGAAUUUUAAAUCUUCAACCUAAUCAUUGCAAAAUUUGUCUGUUUACUGGUUUGCUCGGAACACCAAGAUCAAGGUGUAUUGAAAUGAUGUUUUCCAGUUAUGAGUAAGCUGAGUCCGAGGUGGGUUUAGGUUUUGUCUUUGGAAGAUGUUUAGAUAACAUGGUCAUCAUAAAACAGAUGUUUAUAUAACUCACAUAACGUUGGGUUGUUGAAUAAUACAUAUCUGUUUAAUUGGACUAAAGAAUUUGGGACAUUAUCUUAUGCAUUUGGAAGGUCUUCGCAUGAUGCAAUUUUUCAUCACCAGAAUAUACAAUGAGCUCUCAUCGCAGCAUGAUCCAAUAUCCAAGUGGUUAAUUCAGUAGAAUAAAAAGUAACAAGAACGUGUUUCAAAGAAAAGCUGUGUUAUUUUUUAAACGGGCAAGUAAAAGUAUAUAGCGGGAAAGUCUUGUGAAUUCCUUUGUGUGAUCUUUAGAAUGUAUUGGCAUUUUUUAUAUCAAUGUUAAAUUUAAUAUCAUUUUCAAUUUGAAACAGAAAUACAGAGAAAAUAAGUAGCAGAAGAAAUUGAAAAUACAACUACAAUCAUAAAGAAAAACACACCUGACUAAAGAUCUUAUUUGGAUCUGGAAUAAUAAACCUGGAGACUAGCACAACGAGGUUCGAGGUAAAGGAUCAGUUAGGAACCAGUAACAAAACAAUGAAGGACAAACUUCGGUUAUUAUAUAAGCAGUGCCGCCCCGUUAUUUUUUGUGGCUUAAAGCUAAAAAAAUAUUAUAGCCUUAAUUAUAUUUCCAAAAACUAAUGUUAAACAGUAUGUAUGAUUAUCAACAAAACUACACUAUCAAUGUAUCAUUAUACUCCAUCCGUUUCAAAUUAUUUGUCGUUCUAGAGAAUUUUUUUGGUAAUAAAAUAAGUGUCGCUUUAAAAGUUGAAAGCAAAAUGUAUUAAGGUCGACACCCUAUUAAUUUUUAUAUUGUUUGAAAUAUGGUUAGGUGUAUAGGUAUAAUGUUUUUAUUGAAAAUAUACAAAACUAAAUGUUUCGGUCAGAUUCGAUUUCAAGUAUUUCGCUUUGGUUUUGGUUACGGCUCGAUUUUUCGGUUCCGGUUUUUUGCCCGUGCAUAAACUAACAAUAAAAGGUGAUGACAUAGCUGUAAUUAAAAAUACUUUUAACCGCUUGUUCAGUUUCACCUCUUUGCGGACGAGUAUAUAUUAAACAUGAUCAGCUUAGAACUGGUCUUAUUGAGAUCAUACUUUGUUUGAUAUUAAUAGCUAGCCUGUAUCCUAACUCCUGUUACCAACCAAAACCAUGAGGGCACAUCGGUAAAUACAUUCAAGAGUAUCAUUUUAAUAUUGUCAUCUGCCUUCUCCCUAGUCAAUUUGUGUGUUAGAGAGAUAUUUCUAGGGUUUGUUCCAUUCUACGGCAACGAUGAAAGGCGACGAUGUGUCGGUGAAACGAGCUUCGACGGAGGUGGAAUCUGACGCUUCUGUCUCUAAAAAACCAAAGAUCGAAGACGAAGACGACACAAGCAUGGAAGAAGAAAGCGAUAGCGAUAACGAAGGCUUAUGGAGUGUCGACGCAGAAGACGAUGGUGACGUCGUGAGAUCUCCGACAAUCAACUAUUCAAACAUGCAAGAUCCGGAACCGGAGUGGGAUAAGGACAGUUACGAUGGCUACGAAUUGAAAUUCGAUCCUGACGGCCGUGAAGGUUUCUCCAGCGACAAGGCGUACCAAGAGUUCCGCGAGUAUAAAACCAAGGCCUUUGAGAAUAGGGGGUUUUUAGAAGAUCCAUUCAGAUCCAUCUACCCCAUUAGAGAUCUGGACGAUCUCUGGACAACCACCACUAAGAGGCAAUAUUUGACAGAUAUUGCUUCCCUCUGUGUUAAGAAACUCAACGAGGAGAAGGGUAUGUCUGUGGAAGUUGUAAGCAUUGUGAGAGGCAAUCUAAAACCAGGAGGUGGGUGGAAGCUCUACAUCACUUUUAUGGCCCGAGAGUAUCCGGAUGGUCCUCUCCUGGAGUAUCAAGCCAAGGCAGUGGAUUAUGCAGGACACAAAAUACCUCCAUUUCCCAUUCUCUGCAGACCAGCCUCUAGCGUAUCCUAAUCUAUGACUUGCAUUAGGUAUUUAUGUAUAAUCAUUUAUUCUCAGUGUAAUUACUUAGUAGUUUGUUUGGAAUAUCUUAUGAGCUUUUUCAAUUUUAUUGGAGGAAUGGAUGUGAACAGAAAGUGAUUUUCUUAAUUAUGGGAUGAUUGUCCUUUUGAAUUUUAAAUCUUCAACCUAAUCAUUGCAAAAUUUGUCUGUUGUGUUGCUGGUUUUAGCGGAACACCAAGAUCAAGGUGAUUGAAAUGAUGUUUUCCAGUUAUAAGUAAGCUGAGUCCGAGGUGGAUUUAGGGUUUGUCUUAAAUGUUAGCUAUAUCUUUUGGGAGAUGUUUACUGUCAGAUAACAUGGUCAUCAUAAAACAGAUGUUUAUAUAACUCACAUAACGUUGGGUUGUUGAAUAAUAAGUUUCUGUUUAAUUGGACUAAAGAAUUUGGGACAUUAUCUUAUGCAUUUGGAAGGUCUUCGCAUGAUGCAAUUUUUCAUCACCAGAAUAUACAAUGAAAGCUCUCAUCGCAGCAUGAUCCAAUGUCCAAGCUUGGUCUAAAUGAGUCUACAAUAUAUACAAGUAUCCAAUUCACCAUGAGAGGAUGAUUCUUUCCCCAACAAAAUUACUUAAGAGAUGGUGAUUUUCGUAGUGACUGCUUUGAUACCUGCUAAUAACAAAAACUUGUUACAAAGAAAACCUGUGCUAUUUUUAAAUAAACGGGGGCUGUAAAAUUACUAUGGGGCUUGUAUCAGGUAUGGCCCAUAUAAUUGCUCACUGGCCCAAAUAAUCUUCCGACCGGGUCACGUGCGCAAAUAGACAGAGAGAGAGAGAUAUAAGGACACAUCGGUAAACACAUACCGUUUCAUUAUUAUUAUUGUCAUCUGCUUCGUUCCCAACUUGUGUGUUGCGAGAGAGAGAGAGAUAUCUAGGGUUUGAUCGAUUCUGCAGCGACGAUGUUAAGCGACGAUUUGGGGACGAAAAGAGCUGCGACUGAGGAGGAAUCUGACUCUUCUGUCUCAAAAAAACCGAAGAUCGAAGAUGAAGACGACAUAUGCAUGGAAGACGAAGGCGAUAGCGAUAGCGAUAGCAAUAACCCAUUCUUAUGGAGUACCGACGAAGAAAAGGAUGACUCUCCGACAAUCAACUAUUCAAACUUGCAAGAUCCGGAACCGGAGUGGGAUAAGGACAGUUACGAUGGUUACACAUUGGAAUUCGAUGCUGACGGCCGUGAAGGUUUCCCCGACGACAAGGCGUACCAAGACUUCCGCGACUAUAAAACCAAGGCCUUUAAGAGUAGGGGGUUUUUUGAAGAUCCAUUCAGAUCCAUCUACCCCAUUAUAGAUCUGGAAGGUCCUUGGUCAGACACGACAAACGUGACUAGGAGGCAAUAUUUGGCAAAUAUUGCUUCCCUGUGUGUUAAGAAACUCAACGAGCAGAAUCGUUCGUCUGUGGAAGUUGUAAGCGUUGUGAGAGGCAAUCUAAAACCAGGAGGUGGGUAUAAGCUCUACAUUACCUUUAUGGCUCGGGAGUAUCCCAAUGGUCCUCUCGUGGAGUAUCAAGCCAAGGCCAUGGAUUUUGCAGGAGGCAGAAAACCUCCCUUCCCCAUUCUCUGCAGGCCAGCCUCUAGCAUAUCCUAAUCUGUGACUUGCAUUAGGUAUCUUUAUUAUUCAGUGGAGGAAUGGGUGUAAACAAAAAAAGUGAUUUUUUUAAUUAUGGGAAUUUUUUUUUUUAUGUA